AUGGGGAACACGCUGAGCUGUUGUUUGCGCCCCAAAGUCAGCCGCAGGCGAGGUCUGCGUAGGUGGCCUGAGGAUCUAUCCUUCAGCUCUGACAUCAAUGAGGCGGUGGAAAGCAAAGGUGCAGGCCAAGACAGAAGGAACAUGUCCAACACCAGUGCCAGACCCAUUUGGGGCCCGAGCUGGCUGUGUGGGGUGGUGUCUGACAGCUGUGACAUCUAUGAGGCAGUGUCAAGCAUAAGUGCAGAGCAAGGCAGAGAGGAGCAGAGGCCGGGCAGAGGGAUCAUGGUCCUCCCCAAUGCCAGACCCAAGCAGAGCCAGCACAGAGUGCACUGGGCAGAACCGAUCUGCAACUAUGACAUCAAUGAGGGGGAGAUGGUGGCGCCAGACCCUACUGCUGUGGCGCCUGCCCUGUGGGAUUUGGGAGCCGGUGACGGCCAUGACCUGCAGCACAUCAGUGACCAAGAGAUGCUCAAAGCUUUAAAAAGAAUCUUUUUUACUCACCUCACUUAUGACAUUGCUUCCUCUUCUUCCUCUACAGGUAUUGCUUCUGACCAUCCGAGGGCAAGCACACUCUUCCUGAGAAAGUAUCAAAUGAGUGUGCAAGGAAAGAGGAGAAGCUUUUGCCUGUAUUCUAUACCUCCUUGGCAUCUUGAUAGAAAAUACAGCUCGUGUUCCACCAUAUUGCUAGAUAACAGCACAGUCAGCGAGCCUGAUCUCAGGCACACAUUAGAAAGUGUGACUUUGGCAAUAUAUUACAACAUAAAGCACAGAUAUGGAAAUAGAUCUCUGGCUAUUUUUGAUAAGCCAAUACAUCCACUUUCACAAGAAAAGAUUCCAGGGAAAUCCUUUGAGGAUGAUCCCAAACGCAACUGCAUUUUCAGAUAUUUCUGUACUCUUUUUAAAGUCACAAAACUAACAGCUCCAGGUGCAAUCGUAGCAUUGGUGUACAUUGAACGCCUUUUAACUAAUGCUAACAUCGAUCUUUGUCCUACUAAUUGGAAACAAAUUGUUCUCGGAGCCAUGCUUCUGGCCUCCAAGGUUUGGAGAAAUUGUCAUCUGUGGAGUGUGGAUGACAGCCAGAAUCCCAAGGAUGUUGCAGCUGAGACAAUGAGUACGAUGGAGAAGUGUUUUUUGGACCUACUUGAGUUUAAUAUUCACGUGUCUGCCACUGAUUAUACGAAAUAUUACUUUGACUUGCGUGCCUUGGCAUACGACCAUGACCUGUAUUUUCAUUUUAGUUUUCUUCACAAAGAUAAAGCACAGAGAUUGAAGGCUAUGUCACGGCUGUGUGAAUACAAAGACUUGCAUCUAGGCGUCGCCGCUAUGAGAAGGGCCGUCAGCAUGGAUUUCAUCGGUGCUCGGCAUACUAAUGCCAUCUUAUCUUAA